AUGCUUUCUGUCCCCCCCUACAGGGAUGUUGAGGAGUUGGGCAUGGUGGAGGAGUUGGUGCGUACGCCUGGCUUUGACUGUGUUGUGUGUAGGCCUGACUGCUUCCUCAUUCCCCCUACAGGGCAAUGUGAGGAGUUUGGUAACCAGCCCAUACUGACCAGGUUCAAAGAGGGACUGACCGGAGGCGAAUGGCUGGACCACACGGACUCUGUCCUCACCAACAAGAUCGGCACCGUGAUGGGCUUCAACGUGGGACGCAGCGCCGGCGGUCGCUCCACGCUACGGGAGAUCAACCGAGACGCCUGCCAUUUCCCAGGGUUCCCUGUUCUGCAGACUCUGCUGCCGAAACACACCAACGUCCCCGAGCUCUACUUCCUGCUGAUGGCUCUGUUCCUGCAACAACCCGUCACAGAGCUGCCAGACAGCCUCCAGUUUGACCUGGACUCUAUCUGGACCUUUAUCUUCGGGGUCCCUGCUUCCAGCGGCACCAUAGUGGGAUCCAUCCACAGUGUCUGCACCGAGGCUGGCUUCCUGUUACUGGGGAUGCUGAGGAGCAUGCUCAACCUGCCGUGGCAGUCUGAGGAAGAGGGUUCGUGGCUGCGGGAGUACCCGGUGACUCUGAUGCAGUUCUUCAGGUACCUGUAUCACAACGUCCCGGACCUGGCCCCAAUGUGGCACAGCCCAGAGUUCCUGUGUGUCCUGGCUGCCUCAGUCUUCCCCUUCAACAUCAGGCCCUACUCUGAGAUGGUGAGUGACCUGGAUGAUGAAGCGGGGUCACCAACGGAAGAAUUCAAGGCCUUCACCGCCGACACGGGCAUGAACCGAGCCAAUCGGAAUACGUGCAACGUGGGUUCUAAGACCUACCUGACCAAUCAUCCGGCCAAGAAGUACGUGUUUGACUCAUGAAGGUGCUAUCAUGGACAAACCUGUGUCUGACUCCGGCCAGCAAACAGACGUCCACCCAUAGACCUACUGUU